GGCGCUUUACGGCUGUCGUGCUUCUGGUCUCCGCCAGCAUGGAGGCCGAGGAGUUGGAGAAGGAGGCUGCGGAGCAGGAGCCCCCGGAAGCGAGAGACCAGAAACCAGAAGCGGAGGAGGAGCAGGAGGAAUCCGAAGAGGCGGCUUGCGGCGGCAAGAAGCGGGUAGUGCCGGGUAUUGUGUACUUGGGCCACCUCCCGCCCCGCUUUCGGCCUCUGCACGUACGGAACCUUCUCAGCGCCUAUGGCGAGGUCGGGCGCGUUUUUUUCCAGCCGGAGGACGGGUUCGUGAGGCGCAAGAAGAAGGCGGCGGCAGCCUCGGCCACGGGAGGGAAAAAGCGGCCCAAGUACAGCAAGGACUACACCGAGGGCUGGGUGGAGUUUCGGGACAAGCGAGUGGCCAAGCGCGUGGCGGCCAGUCUGCACAACACGCCCAUGGGAGCCCGACGGCGCAGCCCCUUCCGUUACGACCUGUGGAACCUCAAGUACCUGCACCGUUUCACGUGGUCCCACCUCAGCGAACAUCUUGCCUUUGAGCGCCAGGUGCGCAGGCAGCGCCUGAGGGCCGAGGUUGCCCAGGCCAAGCGUGAGACUGACUUCUACCUUCGAAGUGUGGAACGGGGACAGCGCUUCCUUGCCGCCGAUGGGGACUCCGCCCGCCCGAAUGGCACCUGGGCCUUUGCCCAGCGUCCUACUGAGCAGGAGCUGAGAGCCCGGAAGGCAGCUCGGCCCGGGGGACGUGAACGGGCUCGCCUGGCUAACGUCCAGGACCAGGCUCGCUCCAACCGAGGGCUGCUUGCCAAGAUCUUUGGAGCUCCACCACCUUCAGAGAGCGUGGAAGAACCCUCACUAGCCAGGGACUCAUGAAGGGCAGAGAGACCCCUUCUGUCUCGUAGCCCUGAUAAUGUCUAUUCAGGCAGACAUUUUAUAUCUUUCUCAGACCAGGAGUCUCUGAUGAGUGCUCAGACAGACCUUUUGUGGGCCUCUCCUCCCUGCUCCCACUUCUGUUGCCUGGCAAAGGCCCCUAAUUCAUACUAGCAUGAGUAUGACUACUGCACAUGCCUGUUUCAUUUGAUUCUUGGCCGUCUGCCUCCUGCCCAGUGGGAGCCUCCAAAAAUCCCACUUUCUGGCCUCAGGAAGAGCCUUUACCUCAAGCUAGAGUGGGAAUGUGUAGUCCAGGCAACUUUUUUACCAACUGUAAGUGAAGGGUAGCGGCCACAUCCUUUUUAUUUAGAAAAGAUUAACAGGGAUGGGUUAAUGCGGUGGGACUGGGUGGGAGCCACCUUCCAAAUGUAUUUAUAGAAAAGAAAAAAUAUAUGUAUUUGUAUA